UAAUACAAAAAUGUUACAAGAAAAGAAAAUAAAGUAUGAUGCAACUUGAAAUUAUGUGAUGGAACUUUGUAAAUCAGUUUAUUAAAUAUAGAAAAGUAUACAUUGUUCAAAGAAUGAAAUUCUGUCAUAAGAAUAAUUGGGCAAUUUGGAUUAAUUAGAAUUAAUUCAAUUAAAAGUCAAAAUAAUUUAGAUAUAUACACACAACAAUUUGCGGCUCUAACAUUUUAUUCAAAGUAAGUCUAAGAUUGAUUGUGAUGUAGAAUUGAAAGCAAUUACUAUUGGCAAUAGGAUCUAAUUGCAUCUCAUUCUAUCUCAAUGAUGCAAUAAUCAAGUUAUUCUAUCAUUGCACAUAGCCCUAGUACAAAUGCCUUCAGAUGAUUCUAGGAUGACUCGUAUUUUGUCUUGUACAUGAUUAUUUUUCAAGUCGCGACAUUAGGACGAGUACGUUCUAAGAAUAUUUGUAUUUUCCCACGCGUCUUAUCUCUGCGAAUUUCGUAACGAUCGUAACGCCAGUAUCAACCAUUACCAUUUGCUUUACCAUUUGCCUUUGCGACAGUCGUGGUUUUGGUAACACGGAGGCACGAUCGAAUGUCAUUGAUUCUCAAUUUUUUCUCCGCCACGCGUAUUAUCGCGUAUCGUUUUAUCGGUUCAUAGACGUCAUUUCUACGUUGAUUUCGCGACGUGAUAACAUUCAAACGUGUAAAACCAAAGUCAUAGUAUUGUACAUAUAUAUUAGGCUUGAAAGAAACUUGGACGAAGUAAAAAGAAUGUCUGGUAUUCAAAGAAGAAAGAGUUGGUAUCAUAAAGCCGAGGCCAGCAUCAAGUUGGACACGUGGUUCGGCCGGCCGAAGAAAUCCGGACGCGGGGGUGGCCCGCGCGGUCAUUCGGGCAGCAGCACCAUGCCCAGGCCGCAUUCGGGCGAUGAUAUCAAUGAGAUCGAGCAACAGCGUUGCAUCAUUGAAAGGAUGGACGAGGAGACAGUGAAUGAUAGAUUCGAGGAAAUGCUGGCCAAUAUGAAUCUAACAGAGGAGAAGAAGGAACCGUUGCGUCAACAAUCAGUCGAAAAGAAGGAAAUGCUAGUGUUACAUUACAAGGGUAGUAUACAAGAGAACCGAUCGAAAUUUGAUAAACCAGCGGAUUAUAUACAGUAUCUGGCACAGCCCGAUUUGAGCGUUAACAAGAUUUAUAGCUGCGUCGAGUCUCUUAGGAUUGCACUCACUAAUAAUCCGCUCAGCUGGGUACAGGAGUUUGGAACUAAGGGUUUGAAGCAGGUCCUGGCUACCCUUAAUGAGUGUUAUCGAAAUGCCUUCAUAUAUUAUGAUAGUGACAACCGCUACGAGCGAAUACAGUACGAAUGUAUCCGCUGUUUAAAGGCCAUCAUGAAUAAUACCGUGGGUAUAAAGGAGAUGCUGGCCCAUCACGAGGCUCUUACCAUCGUGGCCAGAUCAUUGGAGCCGACAAAACCGUCCGUAAUGUCCGAGGCCGUAAAAUUACUUGGUGCAGUAUGUCUGAUAUCCAGUGACAGUCACAAGAAAGUUUUAGAUGCGAUUACUAUGAAUGGCGAAUUUAAAGGCCGCGAAAGAUUUCUACCAAUCGUACAGGGUUUGAUGAACAAGAAGAAUGAAAAUUUAAGGGUAGUGUGCCUUCAACUCAUAAACUCAAUAAUAUCAUCCGCAGAGGAUUUAGAUUUUCGCUUACAUCUGAGGAACGAGAUAAUGCGAGUAGGUCUGGCUGAUAUUCUUGAAAUGCUAGAAAAAGAUGAAUCGGAAGACUUGGCGACACAUUUGAAAAUCUUCAAUGAUCAUAAAGAGGAAGAUUAUGAGGAAUUUGUACAGAGAUUUGACAAUGUACGUUUAGAAUUAGAUGACGUUAAUGAUUGCUUUGAAGUAGUUAAAAAUAUGGUGAUGGAGACUUCUGCCGAACCAUAUUUCCUAUCUAUACUUCAACAUCUUUUAUUUAUUCGAGAUGAUGCUUUAGUUCGACCAGCAUAUUAUAAAUUAAUUGAGGAGUGUAUAUCGCAAAUUGUGUUGCAUCGUUCAGGCUGUGAUCCGGAUUUCAGCGCGACAAAGCGCUUCCAGAUUGACGUACAACCAUUGAUCGAUACCCUAGUCGAAAAAUCACGGGCAGAGGAAGAAAGACGAUUGGUGGAAGUGACUCAGAAAUUGGAGGAGGCUAUAGCUAGUAGGCAAGAAGCAGAAGCAAAACUUCAGCAUGCGGAAAAUAAGAUCAAAGAAUUAGAGCAAGGGACGGGGAAGUCUGGUAGUAGGACUGUUAUAUGUCCACCUCCACCGCCAAUGCCUGGAAUGGGAGGCGGACCACCGCCACCACCACCUCCUCCUCUUCCUGGCGGUGGUGGUCCUCCUCCACCGCCGAUGCCUGGAAUAAUGUGUCCACCUCCACCACCAAUGCCCGGUUCGAAAGGACCUCCACCUCCACCUAUGCCCAUAAUAGGAGGACCUCCACCACCACCUAUGCCAGGAAUGGGCCCUCCACCACCACCGAUGAUGGGAGUGUUAUCUCCUCCAUCUCCACUGAUACAUGUUUUGCCUCAUGGAUUAAAACAAAAGAAAUGGGAAGUAGAUGGUCCACUGAAAAGAGCAAAUUGGAAGGCGAUUUUACCUCACAAAUUAACAGAAAAGUCAUUCUGGACGAAAGUACAAGAAGAUAGAUUAGCUAGCCCGGAAAUAUUGGAUGGUUUAGCGCAAAAGUUUGCAUCAAAACCAAGCGGAAAAAGAAUGGACGAUGUGGUUGAUAAGUCGGUCUCAACGAAAAAAGUGAAAGAUCUCAAAGUUUUGGAUAGUAAAGCUGCUCAAAAUAUAUCGAUACUUCUUGGUGGGACACUAAAACAUAUGCCUUAUGUGGAAGUGAAAAGAUGUUUAUUUAGAUGCGAAGGGCCAGUUAUUUCAGACAAUAUAUUACAAGGAUUAAUUCAAUAUUUACCACCGCCGGAUCAAUUGUCAAAGUUACAGAUAUAUAAAGAUCAGUACGAUGAUCUAACCGAAGCAGAGCAAUUUUGUGUUACGGUUUCUACGAUAAAAAGAUUACUGCCGAGAUUAAGAUCGUUAAGUUUCAUGCUGCGAUAUGAAGAAUUAGUACAGGAUAUAAAACCUGAUAUAGUUGCCGCUACAGCAGCAUGCGAAGAAGUGAAAAGCAGCAAAAAAUUUGCACGGAUUCUCGAACUGAUAUUGUUACUCGGAAAUUAUAUGAAUUCCGGUUCUAAAAAUGGCCAAGCGUUUGGAUUUGAGAUUAGCUUUCUUACCAAGCUUACUAGUACUAAAGAUAUUGAUAACAAACAGACUCUUAUGCAUUAUUUGGUGAAUACAAUAGAAAGGAAAUUUCCGGAGUGUCUCAGCUUUGUUGAGGAAUUAGCACACGUAGAUCGCGCUAGUCGAGUAUCUUUAGAGAACGUCCAGAGAACAUUACGUCAAAUGGAGACUAAUAUUCGUAAUCUCGAACAAGAUCUCACGAAUGCCAAAGUUCCACAAUGUGAUGAAGAUCUAUUUAUAGAUGUUAUGAAACCAUUUGCCAAGAAAGCCAGAGAAUCUUAUGAAGUUCUGCAGAACAUGUUUAAAAAUAUGGACAGUUUAUACACGGACAUUUCGGAAUUCUUCUCUUUCGACAAACAGAAGUACACUAUAGAGGAAUUUUUCAGCGAUAUUAAAACGUUCAAAGAUGAUUUUUUGCAAUCGCAGAGGGAGAUAGUAAAGCUGAAGGAGGGCGAGGAAAAGCAAAGAAGGGCGAGGGAAGCACGCGAAAAAGCGGAAGUGGAAAAGGCGGCUCGUGCUGCACGUAAACGUGCAUUAGUUGAUAUGAAUGCGCAUGAAACACAGGAAGGUGUCAUGGAUAGUCUGAUGGAAGCACUGCAAACUGGUUCGGCCUUCAGUCGUCCGGAUCAACGGCGCAAGCGACAAACGCGCGUAGCUGGUGCGGAAAGGAGAGCACAACUAAAUAGAAGUCGAUCGCGUACCGGAUUAAUCGGAACUGGCUUACUAGGGAGAGAACUUUCCACAGAACUUUUAAGUUCGGCUUAAUCUACAAAUAUCGGAAUACAUCAUGUUUCCGUCCUAAACUCGUUGCUGUGAUGAUUUUACAUGCAUCAUAUUGGAACAAUAUUGAGAGGAAUAAUAGAAAACAUUAUAUCGUAUGUAAAUCGGUAUCCUGAAGAGGAGGAUGAAAAAGAGCGAUUUUACAUCAGCGAUCCUCCGGUCUAGAUAGAAUUUUUACUAUUUCGAACUGAUAACAGUCUUCCUUACGUAGUUGAAUAUUUGGUUCUUUUGUAGGUAUUUUGUACUUGUACAAAUAUAGCUAGCAGAUUUGUAUAACCGAAUGACACUUGCGUUGAUACUCGGCAAGAUGCGUGCGAAAAUCUAUUUCGUAAACGAUAUCCCGAGAUAAUGUAAAAUAAAAUUCAUCACCGACAAACGCAUUUGUAAAUAGAGAAACUGGUGAUGAAUCGUUGAAAGUUCUUGAAAGUGCUUGUGGGCGCAAUUAGACACACUAUUUCAUCAUGUUCUCGCAUUUUUACUGCCGUUUACUCUAUGAAUCAAGCGGCAAACUUGCAUUUAUUUAUGUACGUCGCUGUAAAUAGAUUUCAUCUCGAGAAUCAUAAAUGUGCAUAGAUACUGCGAAUCGAAAUUAUUCCGACAUUACGAGAUGUUAUUUGUAAAAUAAUUUACUUCGGGAAUAAGUAACAUGGUUAUAGAGCGAUAACAUGGCAAUAAUGCGCCUUUUCAGUUUUUCAGUGAAAAUGUCUCUAAAGACGGAUAUUGCUGCGUGACAUGAUUAGGAAACUUAUAAUUAUUGCUUAUUUGACAUUAUAAAAUGGAAAUAAUAAUGGUAAUUGACUAUAAUGAUCAGUUUGUUAAAAAUCUCUGAUAGAAUGAUUGCAAAGCGUGCAUAUCUUGGCGUUUUUUACAUCAUUCUUUGCUCAUAUAAUUCUCUUAAUAAGAAUAUAUACAAUAACUGUUCGAAACACUUUGAUGUAUGAAGAAACAUUUGUAUACCAAAUUGAGGCACAAAUUUUGCGGCAUAUUUUUAAUAAUAUCUUUUUAAAAGGCACUUGUAUUUGCAUUUUUUAUAACAGAAGCAUUUCACUAUUGAUGUAAUAGCUUUAAUUUAUGAACCAAAAGAACUGAGACAACUUUUACAAGAAGCGGCUGGCUUAUUUAACGCAACAUUCGCGUUUUGUGAUAAUAAAUAAGUCCGAUAAUAAGCUUAGACAUUCGAUAUCUUCACGGCGGUGAAAAACUCAGGGAGAAAAGAAAAA